UUGUGCAGUGCAGAAAGAAGUUGGUUUUAUUUCCUGUGAACACUGACUGAGAUACACUGAAGGCAAUAACAAUGAAGUCUCUGCAGAUCAUCUUCUUGUUGUUGGUUGUUCUUUGUCUCAGCGACUUUGUUGCAAGUGCAGAUGGGAUCAAAUAUAAAGGUGACAAUUUCACCAUUAAGUGUCCUGCACAUCAGAAGGAAGCGCUCGGUGUAUCUCUAUACAGCAGACGUGAGAUCAGCCGACGAGUCUGCUACUACUAUUUCGAUGACAAGAAAAUUACUGUCCAUAAAGACUUUGAGGAACGGGUUAAAGUCGAAUAUGACGGCAAGAGUCUGACUAUAGACAUCAUUAACCUAAAACUGACAGACACUGGGGCUUACUGGUGCUCCUGCAAUGUUAUCUUUGGUAUAUGUACAAUGGACGAGUCAGGGGUUUUUCUUUUGGUGCACGAGCCACCGAUCAGUGUGGCCCAUUCCACAGGUGUUACUCCGAGUGGCAUGAAGGACUUAAUGAUCCCAGUGAUGGCUCUCACAGCUGGCAGUGUGCUCUUACUGUUACUCGUUGUGAUUGGAGUGUGGCUGGUGCCAAAGAUGAAGAAAAUGAACAGAAAACACACAGAAGAGGAGAAAAGGUGUAACAAUGGAGUGUACGAGGUCAUGACUGUUCAACGAAAGACAGAGCGUAUAUGAGACAUUCACGUAAAUAUCCCUUGUACUGGGUCGAAUAAUUAAGUUUACUUUUUUGCCAAGCAACUGGAAAAACCACAUAAAUUAGUAUAGUAUAUAUAUAUAUAUAUAUAUAUAUAUAUAUAUACAUACAUACAUAUAUUAUAUCAACUUAUGUGUGUGUGUGUAUACAUAUAUAAGCAAAAAAAGUUUUUUAUACUGUUUUGCAUGUUGCUGUGACUUAUUCAGUCCUACGCACCCAUUUCAUUUCAAUCUGAUUGAGUUUUUUUUUCUGUCCUAUUUCUGUUGAAAUAUGCAUUCAGAGAAAUGAGUUAAUCUCUUCUAAAUGUCUGCUUGUUUAAACUGAAUUUUCACUCCUCUUCUGUUUUCUGUAAAUACAUUUCAUUUUAUUUUAGUUCAUUUGUGGAUUUAUCUCAGCUUUGCAUGAUUGUUCAAUUCCUUUAGCAUUAAUGAGUGAUUCAGUUUUGGCUGUAGAUACUAUGCUUUGAUUCUCUUUUAUUUUUAACUGUGUUGUCUAUGCAUUUGUGUAUUACAUUUUUAAUGAAUGAAUUUGUGUGUGUUCUACAUAUUGUGCAAUAUAAUCCACUGUGGAUGUUGCCCUUAAACAGCUGGUGUAAUUUUUUGAUAACUUCAAUGCAUAGCUUCAGUAAUAUACAUUUGUACAUACAUAAUAUGCAAGUGUUGCUUUACAAGAAUAAUAGCAAAUGUGUGACAGAAACAGAAAACAGGAUUUGAAAAUGUUAGUUUUCACCUUAGUUUCAAGCCAUGCUUUUAUUUGCCUUGACUAGUCUAUAUUGGGGGCUUGCACAAUCUGCUUCUCUGAGACAAAUCUGCAGACUUCCUCCUGUGGUGGAACACAUUCAUAUCAAGACCCCUGUGGAGGAAAUUUGCUCCCCUUUCAGAGAAUGUCACCUCUAUUCGCACUUUAGUCUACCAACAUGUGCACUUUUUUCAGAGGGCUUUAUUCAGAUAUGAGUGGCGUUUUAAACCUCAGAGUGAUAAACAUUGCAUUUGGGGAAAAACUGUUGUGAUACUUUUACCAGAAACAGGAGGAUGUGUCAGAAAAUGUGUGGGUUUCUUAAAUGUUUGUCAGAUCAAUUGUACAGUCAGUCCUAACUACAUUUAGUGUAGUUUAUAUCGUACCUGGGAAAUGUCAUGCUGAUGUCAAAAAGUACUUUCCGGAAAAUCAAAAACAUUUGCUGUAAUGUUUACGUACAGUCACUGGAAACCUGUGACUAGUGAAAGGUUUUUGACUUAACAGCAUAGGAAACAAGUUCUGGUGUGAUGUGUAUUGCAGUUUUUCUCAACUGUAAAAAAAAAAAAAGAAAAACAUUAACCAAAAUGUCAAACCAUAGUGACAUUUCACACAAGUUCCAAACCAUUUUUUCAAAACCUUAAACACAAAUUUACAGCUGGUGCUCUUGUUAAGCCCUAUAGAAAAACCCACAGCGGCAUCACAGCUUGACUGGUUCUCACCAGGCGAACACUCCUGAGAACAUCAGUCGGUUAUGGGAAGUUUCUCAAUGCCAUGGUCGCCUCAUGGGCCUCUCAAUGUUUUUAAAUCUUGUAUAAAAUGUAUAUAAUUUAUUCAUAUUUGAUUGCCUGGAAAUAUAUAUUUGAUAUUUGUAUAUUAGAUUUUUACUGUUUCAUAAAUUGUUUGUUUACUGGUUUUAUAAUUUUGCUUUUAGCCUACUACUUUUUUUAACUGUACUAGGCUAUAAAAAUUAUGUGAAAAAAGCAAAAAACAAAAACAAAUGUGGAUCUUUAGCUCCUAAUGUAAAAUAUAAAAUUUCUUUUCACCCA